UCCUGACCUUGUUCCUGCCGUUUUUCCCGUGUCUCUCUCCUGGUUCAGUUCCUGCUGCUGUUAAUUCACCGAGUUUGCAGGCCCAGGGUUAUCAUUUGCCUUUUCUAGCUGCUCGGGUUUUGAUAUAGUCGUAUCAGUCUCUAUAUUUCUAACAGGUCCCAUAUCCAGGAGAUGAGUUCUGAAGAUGAAAAAUAUCAAACUAAAAUGAUUGAAAUCUUGGUAACUUCCUUCGAUCAAAAGUUAGAUAAGUUGUCCGGUGAUCCUUCAUAUUCGUAUGCAGCAUGCAUAUACAAUGUUUCUGAUAAGCUUCGGGCUGCCAAUGAAGGAGCCUACACUCCUCGAUUGGUGUCAAUUGGUCCACUACACCAUGAUCGAGUCCAACUUCAUGGCAUGGAAUCUUACAAACUGAAAUUCAUGAAUAAUUUCUUGAGCAGAUUUGCAGUUGACCUGCAUGCCUUAGUCCAAUUUGCAGCAAGGGAAGAAAGUUUUGUUCGUGGGUGUUAUGAGGGUAAAAUUCACCUCUCUCCUGAGCAACUUACUGAAGUUAUUGUGUUGGAUGGAAUAUUUAUCGUCGAACUUUUCCUAGAGAACUAUUUCGUUCAGCUGAGGGACAAAAACGAGGUAUUAUUUCUCCAUCAUUACAUGUACAAUGAUUUGUUGCAUGAUAUGUUGUUACUAGAGAAUCAACUACCUAUAAGAAUAAUGAAGAGCCUGUUGAGUUUUGUGGAUCUUUCAUUCAUAGACGAAGAAAAGGAAGUCACCAUUUAUAGUCUUGCUCACAAGUUUUUCAAGUAUGUUGGUAACACACACAAGGUACCAUUGACAGCUCAUUGUUAUAAUGCUAGGCAUUUUAUUGAGCUUCUUCUGUUUCUUCAUGAUGCUCCAGCAGAAAAACCUGGCCUUUUUCAUGAUCCGGAAAGUGUGCGAAAAAAACCAUCUCCAGAUGGUAAAUUUGAAUAUAGUCGCAGUGUAACCGAGCUACAGGAAGCUGGAGUCAAGUUUAAGAGUGGAGAAGGAAAUUGCUUGUUUGAGGUUCCAUUUGCCAAAGAUAAAGGUGUGUUGACUAUCCCCAAAUUGACAGUAAAUGCAUCGACUGAGACAUUCUUUCGGAAUCUUAUAGCCUUCGAACAGUUAGGCCAUGUUGGGUACUUUUCCAAAAAUAUUACAAGUUAUGUCAUACUCAUGGAUAGCUUGAUAGACACUUCUGGUGAUGUUGAUAUACUUGUUGAUCAUAGCAUCAUUGACAAUAAAUUAGGUGAUAGCCAACAAGUAGCAAACUUGUUUAACACUCUGUACAAGGAUGUUGUGACAGAAGCAAAUGAUUUCUAUUUUGCUGAGCUUUGUGGAGAGUUGAAUGAGUACCACAAGGAUCGGCUUCACCAGUUGAGAGCCAAAUGUUUCAGAUGGAGAGGGAUGCUGAAACGCAAUUAUUUCAGCAAUCCUUGGUCCUUCUUAUCUGUUCUCGCUGCAACCGUGUUGCUCAUUCUUACAGUAAUACAAACAGUCUGCUCAAUUCUCCAGGUUUGAUGAGUAGGAUGAAAGAAGUCCUUGUAUUUGUAGAGAAGGAAAACUGGUUAGAGAUGUAUUAUGUUGAGCAUAUUUUGGUAAGACCUUGUUACCAGUAAUGCAAACCAUGUGGUGACUAGUUACCUUUGAAAAGAUUCACAUAAUUCACCUUGCAUUUUACGUAUCAUUCCAACUUUUAUUUUUAUUGUAUCUGUGAAUGAUGUUGGAAAAUAUUGACGACUGUAUCCUAAGUCAAUAUCAAUAUCAUUUCUGAAUCUAUUGAAUUAGUGUCUUCUCUACGAAUUCUUA